CAACUGUAAAUCAGAAGUCUUUUAACGUUCUGAUAAAUAUUAAAGAGUAGUAUUAAUCUCUGUGCUUUGUGUAGUUGUGGAGUUGUAAUAAAGAAAAAUGGAAGUCAUAAGUAAUCAAGAAUGUCAAGAAAUUGUGAAAAAUUAUAUUGGUCAUAGCAAUUUUAAAAUAUUGGAUUAUAAACUUCGACCAUUUGGUGAAAAUGUUGACGGUUUUUUGGGUGAACAUAUUUCAAUACUGGUGAAAUUAUUGGACUUAAACAAUAAAAUAGAAAAGGACAUUAAAUUCUUCGCGAAACGCUUUCCUUUCGGACAGGAACUGAUGGCUCAAUAUUGUAUGGAUGUAAAUGCGUUCAUCAGGGAAAUGGAUUUUUAUGAGAGAGUGUUAAAACAAAUUAGUGAAGACAUACCAAAUUGUGAUCUGAGUUUUACUGGCAAAUAUUGUUUUGGGAGAAAAAAUGACAUUGUGGUGUUUGAAGAUAUAACCACCAAAGGUUAUACAAUGGUUGAGCAAGCUAAUUCUGGCAUUUUUGAUGACCAGCAUAUUAAACUGGCAUUAAAAGCUUUAGCAAAGUUUCAUACUACUUCUUUUGCCUAUGAAGAAACUAACCAGAAUAAGAAAGUUACAGACCUAUUUAGCGUUGAAAUAUUUGAACCAAUUUUUAGCACUCCUGAUAGCUUAGGUUUUAAGUACCUUGUCGCUAGUUUUAAAGGUCUGAGUACCUUAAUUGAUGAGAGGCCACAAGAUGAAGCUAUAAGAGAAGAAUUUAAAGAAAAACUGAUUAAAUUACGCAACGACAUUUCAUUUAAACUUAAUAAUCCCAAUAAAUCAAGGAAUAUUUUGUGUCACGGAGAUCUGUGGGCUAACAAUUUCAUGUUUAAAUACAAUAAUGGUGUUCCAGUUGACUGUAAACUAGUAGACUUUCAAUUGCUUAAGUAUUGCUCUCCAGCAUUUGACGUUCUUUUCCUGAUUUUUAUGACUACUGACAGAAAAGUGAGACAAUAUCAUUUUCACGACUUUAUUUAUUAUUAUUAUAAUUGCCUUCAAGAACAAUUAAGUCAGUUGAACUUGGAUAUCAACACGAUUUGGUCUAAAAAACAAUUUAAAGAAGCAAUUGAUGAAUAUUUGCCCGUUAUAAAACUAAACUGUGCAAAUCAAGUAUCUAUGAUUGGUGGAAAUUCUGAAUAUAUGAAGAAACUAACAGCAGAAAAAGAAGAAUUUAAAAAGUUUGUUUUUGAAGACAGAUCACCGUAUAUAAAAGAAUUAUACAGGGAUGACGAAAACUACCGAAUGUUAUUAGAUGAAGCUCUACUAGAACUGAAAGAGGUCCUUUUUACGCCAGAAGUUUCUGUGGAAGACUGUUUCGAACUUAUUAAUAAUUAUUUGGGCUCAGAAAAUUAUGAAUUAAUUGAUUUGAACGUGGACAUUAAUUUAAUAAAAGUAACAAUUAUACAUAACCAAGAAGAGAAAAAAUUAACAUUUCCUUUAAAGAAGCAAUUAUAAUUAUAUAGUUUUAAUAUUUUCUUGUAACACAAAAUGAGAUGAAAUAAACAAAUUAUUUUAUAGUA